GUUUGAGUAAGAGAUAAGGAAGAGAGGUGCCGGAGCCGCGCCGAGUCCGCCGCCGCCGCAGCGCCUCUGCUCCGCCGACUCCGCCGGCUUAAAUUGGACUCCCAGAUCCGCGAGGGCGCGGCGCAGCCGGGCAGCGGUUCUCUCAGCCUUGGCAACCCCAGGGGCCACUAUUUCCCACUUAGCCACAGCUCCAGCAUCCUCUCUGUGGGCUGUUCACCAACUGUACAACCACCAUUUCACUGUGGACAUUACUCCCUCUUACAGAUAUGGGAGACAUGGGAGAUCCACCAAAAAAAAAACGUCUGAUUUCCCUAUGUGUUGGUUGCGGCAAUCAAAUUCACGAUCAGUAUAUUCUGAGGGUUUCUCCAGAUUUGGAAUGGCAUGCGGCAUGUUUGAAAUGUGCGGAGUGUAAUCAGUAUUUGGAUGAGAGCUGUACGUGCUUUGUUAGAGAUGGGAAAACCUACUGUAAAAGAGAUUAUAUCAGGUUGUACGGGAUCAAAUGCGCCAAGUGCAGCAUCGGCUUCAGCAAGAACGACUUCGUGAUGCGCGCCCGCUCCAAGGUGUACCACAUCGAGUGUUUCCGCUGCGUGGCCUGCAGCCGUCAGCUCAUCCCUGGGGACGAGUUCGCGCUUCGGGAGGACGGGCUCUUCUGCCGUGCGGACCACGACGUGGUGGAGAGGGCCAGCCUGGGCGCCGGUGACCCACUCAGCCCUCUGCACCCGGCGCGGCCGCUGCAAAUGGCAGCCGAGCCCAUCUCCGCCCGACAGCCGGCCCUGCGGCCCCAUGUCCACAAGCAGCCCGAGAAGACCACCCGUGUUCGGACAGUGCUGAACGAGAAGCAGCUCCACACCUUGCGGACCUGCUAUGCCGCCAACCCCCGGCCAGACGCCCUCAUGAAGGAGCAACUGGUGGAGAUGACGGGCCUCAGCCCCCGCGUGAUCCGGGUCUGGUUUCAAAACAAGCGGUGCAAGGACAAGAAGCGGAGCAUCAUGAUGAAGCAGCUCCAGCAGCAGCAGCCCAAUGACAAAACUAAUAUCCAGGGGAUGACAGGAACUCCCAUGGUGGCUGCCAGUCCAGAGAGACACGAUGGUGGCUUACAGGCAAACCCAGUGGAGGUGCAGAGUUACCAGCCGCCUUGGAAAGUACUGAGUGACUUCGCCUUGCAGAGUGACAUAGAUCAGCCUGCUUUUCAGCAACUGGUGAAUUUUUCAGAAGGAGGACCGGGCUCUAAUUCCACUGGCAGUGAAGUGGCGUCGAUGUCCUCUCAGCUCCCAGAUACACCUAACAGCAUGGUAGCCAGUCCUAUUGAGGCAUGAGGAACAUUCAUUCAGAUGUAUUUUUUUUUUCCCUGUUGGAGAAAGUGGGAAAGUAUAAUGUUGAACUCCGAAACAAAAGUAUUUAACGACCCAGUCAAUGAAAACUGAAUCGAGAAAUGAAUGCUCCAUGAAAUGCACGAAGUCUGUUUUAAUGACAAGGUGAUAUGGUAGCAACACUGUGAAGACAAUCAUGGGAUUUUACUAGAAUUAAACAACAAACAAAACCCAAACCCAACAUACGCUAUCCAAUGACCUUAGGAGUACUGAAAAAAAAAAAAAAAAAAAAAAAGACGUUUUUAAAA